AGGUUCUGGUGUCCCCAAUGUCCCCAAAUCCCAGUCCUGGUGUCCCCAAUGUCCCCAGAUCUUGGUGUCCCCAAAUCCCGAUGUCCCCAAAUCUUGAUGUCCCCAAAUCCUGGUGUCCCCAAAUCCCAGUCCCGAUGUCCCCUCCCAGUCCCCCCAGUUUGGUGUCCCCACCCCUUCCCAGUGUCCCCCACAAUGUCCCCUCUCUGUCCCCUUUGUGUGCCCCCCAAUGUCCCCCCCAAUGUCCCCCCAGUGUCCCCUUUGUGUCCCCCACGUUCCCCCUUUUUUGUCCCUUUUUUGUCCCUUUUUGUCCCCUCGUGUCCCCCCCCCGUGUGCCACCCGGCUUAGCCACCGGGCCACCAAUGUCACCUCUGUCCCCUCGGGAUUAGGGGGUGACAUCACCGGGGGCUACUUAAGGCUCCCCCCGCCCGGGGGUGCCUCCCCUGCCACCGGCGGUGCCACCGCUGUCACCGUUUGUCACCAUUGUCACCGCUGUCACCGUGCCACCAUCGCUGCCACCGGGCCACCUGCGCAGGUGUCCCCAGGUGUCCCCGCCAUGAUGUCGUACCUGAAGCAGCCGCACUUUGGGGGCGUCCCCGGGCUGGGCCUGGAGCUGCUGCCCCCCCCCGUGGGGUACCCGGGCACGCCCCGGAAGCAGCGCCGCGAGCGCACCACGUUCACGCGGGCACAGCUGGACGUGCUGGAGGCGCUGUUCGCCAAAACGCGGUACCCGGACAUCUUCAUGCGCGAGGAGGUGGCGCUGAAAAUCAACCUACCUGAGUCACGGGUACAGGUGUGGUUCAAGAACCGCCGCGCCAAGUGCCGCCAGCAGCAGCAGCAGCAGCAGCAGCAGCGGGGGGGCGGGGGAGGGGGCUCGGGCCCCCCCAAACCGCGCCCACCCCCCAAAAAGAAACCCUCCCCCCCCCAGGACCCCGCCCCGCCCCCGUUCCCCGCCCAGACCCCGCCCCCGCCCCCCCCCGCGCCCCUCUGGAGCCCCGCCCUCUCCCCGCCCCCCGCCCCGCUCUGCGACCCCUCCCCCCCCCCCCCGUUCCGCCCCUUCCCCCCCCCCUCGGGGGGCUUCGCCCAGGGGGGGUUCCCCCCCUAUUUCGGGGGGGGGGCGCUCGACCCCUACCUGUCCCCGCUGCCGCCCCCUCCCCAAAUCGGGGGCGGCCUCAGCCCCCUGGGACCCCCCCCCGCCUUCGGGGCGACCCCCGGGCUGGGCUUUGGGGCGGGGGCGGGGCUGGGAUUUGGGGCGGGGGGCGAGGGGCUGGAGCUGAAGGAGGCGGGGCCGGGGGGGGCGUGGAAGGUGAAUUUGGGGCUGGGGGAGUGCCUGGAGCAGAGCGGGUGGAAAUUCCAGGUGCUGUAGGGGGGGGGCGGCGGAGUUUGGGGGGAAACGGCGGGAAACGGAGAGCCCGGAGCGGGAAUUAAUUAGGGAUCGCGAUUGUUAAUUAAUUCCGGGGAUUUUGGGGGGAAACGGCGGGAAAUGGAGAGUCCGGAGCGGUAAUUAAUUAGGGAUCGGGAUCGUUAAUUAAUUCCGGGGAUUUUGGGGGGAAAUGGCGGGAAAUGGAGAGUCCGGAGCGGUAAUUAAUUAGGGAUCGCGAUCGUUAAUUAAUUAUGGAUGGGGAUCGUUAAUUAAUUCCGGGGAUUUUGGGGGGAAAUGGCGGGAAUUGGAGAGCCCGGAGCGGUAAUUAAUUAGGGAUCGCGAUCGUUAAUUAAUUAUGGAUCGUGAUCGUUAAUUAAUUCCGGGGAUUUUGGGGUGAAAUGCCGAGAAUUGGAGAGUCUGGACCGUUAAUUAAUUAUGGAUCGGGAUCGUUAAUGAUGGAUCGGGAUCGUUAAUUAAUUAUGGAUCGGGAUCGUUAAUUAAUGCCCUGCUCGGAUCGUUCAUUAAUUCCGGGGAUUUUGGGGGAAAAUGCCGGAAUUUGGAGAGCCCCGAACAGCGCCCGGACAAUGACGCGGAUCGUUAAUUAAUUAAUUAAUUAUGGAUCGCAAUCGUUAAUUAAUUCCCGGGAUUUUGGGGUGAAUUCCCGAGAAUUUCGGAGCCCGGAGCGGCGCACGGACAAUUACCGGGAUCGUCGUUAAUUAAUUAAUUACGGAUCGCGAUCGUUAAUUAAUUCUGGACCACGGAUCGUUCAUCGGCUCUGGAUCACGGAUCUUUAAUUAAUUCCCGUUCGCGGAUCGUUAAUUAAUUCUGGGACACCGAUAAUUAAUCAAUUCUGGAUCACGGAUCGUUAAUUAAUCCCCGGAGCUUGGAUCGUUAAUUAAUCCCCGGAUCACGAACAAUUCCCGCGUGGAAAUUCCCGGAAAAUGGACAAAAUU